CCCUUCUCUCCCGAGCAUAUUUGGAUAGCUGCCUGGAGUGCGGGCCUGGCUCCAAACCCAUGAAAAUCUGCCAAAUAUAAAAGCUUCUCAAGAAUGAGAUGGAUCUUGGGGCAUCCUCCCCUGAGAAGCAGGAUAAAGAAAACUUAGUGGGCAUCAGCAGUAAGCAUCUUGGUGUUUGUGGCUGGAUCCUGUUCUCCCUGUCUGUCCUGUUGAUGAUUAUCACCUUUCCUGUCUCUAUAUGGAUGUGCUUGAAGAUCGUUAAGGAGUAUGAACGUGCCGUUGUAUUCCGACUGGGACGCAUCCAAGCUGACAAAGCCAAAGGGCCAGGUUUAAUACUGAUCCUGCCCUGCAUAGAUGUGUUUGUCAAAGUUGAUCUCCGAACUUUUACUUGCAACAUUCCUCCACAAGAGAUCCUCACCAGAGACUCUGUGACCACACAAGUGGAUGGAGUUGUCUAUUAUAGAAUCUACAGUGCUGUCUCUGCAGUGGCUAAUGUCAACAAUGUCCACCAAGCCACGUUUCUGCUGGCUCAGACCACUCUGAGAAACGUCUUAGGGACACGGACCUUGUCCCAAAUCUUAGCUGGCCGAGAAGAGAUCGCCCAUAGCAUCCAGACCUUACUUGAUGACGCCACCGAGGUGUGGGGCAUUCAGGUGGCCCGGGUAGAAAUCAAAGAUGUCCGGAUUCCUGUGCAGUUGCAGAGGUCGAUGGCAGCGGAGGCUGAGGCCACCCGGGAAGCCAGGGCCAGGGUCCUUGCAGCAGAAGGAGAACUGAAUGCUUCUAAAUCUCUGAAGUCAGCUUCCAUGGUGCUGGCCGAGUCCCCCAUAGCCCUCCAACUGCGUUACCUGCAAACCUUAACUACUGUAGCCACAGAGAAGAAUUCCACCAUCGUGUUUCCUCUGCCCAUGAAUAUACUAGAGGGCAUUGGUGGUGUCUGCAACAAUAACCACAAGAAGAAUCCUAACAGAGCCUGAGGCUCUCCUGCUAUAGCCAGCCAUUGCUUAGGACGUCCUGCCCAUUUCUGUGGAGAACCUAGCAAGUAGAAGUGCUGAGGAUUUCAACACUAUUCAAGCAGAGUAGCUCCACAGCUGGAGUAGUAUUAGCAGGGAAAUGCUAUGGAGGCUACAAAAACAAGCAAACAAACAUCAAAAACAAAAAUGAGAGCUGUGUACCACUUUCAUUUUUAAGAACAAAAGCAGCUUCUUAUUAUCCUUGUAAUAAUCCAUUAGUAGCUCUUUUGCUUUAUAGCAGACACUUUCUUGCAGUAGGGGGAAGACAUCUUUGAGUGACUAUGACUAAGAUUUCAGAAUUACUUUUUAAUGGUUUUAAGAGGCACUCUAGAUAAUUUGUAAAGUAACAUAAGCUUUAUAUUUAUACUGGAUAUUUGCUUUAUAGUUCCAAAGUAAUUAUCUAAAUUACUAAAUCUCCAAUAAUUACAACAAAACCCCACAAUGCUUAAAACUAUGAUUGAUUUUGGUGCUAAAGACUAAAGAGGCACUAAGAAGGCUUUCAGUUGCAAAGUUAUCACCAGCCCCCCAGGGCAGAUUGCAUUCAGCUUUCCAGCUGCAUGUCCUCCAGAGUGCUUGGCCAGCUCUGAGCCUCCCAGCACUACAGUGAGAGGGUGGGACAAGGUACGGUGAGGUGCCACACCCCAGUCAGUUUAUUUGCUUACGAGUGAGAAUAUUUGUAAAAGGUUUUGUUGGUAUAAUCACUGGGGAACAUCAGUGGACUUCAUGUUUUCACUCUAUUGGUGAUCCCAAGAGCCACAAGUAAGCAAGAAUUGUGUGUAAACUCUAUUCUCCUCCUCAAAAACAAAAAUGAAACAAAAAACAAACCAAAAACCCUGUUAAAAAUAAAGAAGCCAUAGAAUGUAGAUGUGAUGUAUUUUAAAAAUUGCUUUGCCAGAGAUUAUUUUGUUGCUAUGGGUAGGACAAGGGGAUAUGAGUGGGGACCAAAGUGUCUGCUGUAGAACCUUAGCAAAACUUUUAAAAAGUGCACCUCCUCCAACAUUGAAGGUGCUUCGCACCUUCUCCCAAGGAUCUCUUUUUAGUAAAGGCACCUUGGAUUAUGGGAUAAGAGAUUAUGAUUUUUUGGAUGUCUUCCUUAACUACAUCCAUUUGCUUUGUCAAAAGUAGCAAAUCUUUUAUAGUAUAAAGGCCCCAGAAGAAAAGCACCAUAUAAACCAGGUUGCUAUAUUACCAUAGGCAGAAAGAAUAAGGCCCCCGGGAGAGAGGAGGAAGGGGAGGAGGAGGUGAGGGGAGACAAAGGAGGGAGGAGCUGAGAUCAUCCUUAAGGAAAAGUGCAGCUACCAGACUGGCCAGAACUAGAUUUCAGUGGCUGAGAGCAGAUCCAGGACACCAUCUUGCCCCCACGGUGAACUUGAGCUAAUUAUAAUGGGUUAUAUUAUUAUUAGCAUUGCAGUUAGGGAAAAUCUUUACCCCCUGUGCCGCCCUGACAGUUCCGACAAGAGCCAAAUAAGGACAAAAAUCCCUCUUCCUGACAGGAAGGAGUGGUUAGCAAGGACCAGCCUAAGAAUGCCUAUAAUGCUUCCCAACCUGUAAGUCUUGAAUAUUUCGCACCCUCAUUUUAGAAGUAAUCAAUUCCUAAGUCUCUUUGUUGUUCAGGGCAGCUGCUCUUUUCCAGGCCUGCUGGCCCUCACCUUCUUGAGAGUGUACUGUCCUUUAAUAAAUCCACUACU